AUGAAGAAUAAAGGAAGCCAUAAAAAUUCUUCUCUUGGCCUGUCAGAAAAAUCUAAGAAACACAAGAAGAUGGGUUACAAAAAGAAAUUUUCAGAAGAAGCUUUUACUAAGUUUGACGAUGUGGACAUGCCGGAGGAUCAGCAGCAUCCUAAAAAGGUCACUGCCAAAAAUGAAGUUCCCAAUAAAAAGAUUAAGGACAAGCGUUUCGCAACGAAAAAGGAGCGAAGGCAAGCGCGCCUUCAGGCUAAGAAACACUCAGAUGUAGUUCCUGAGCUUUUAGCAGAUUGGGAAAUUCUCCGUAGGGAUUCAACGGAGACAUCAAAGAAACAUGAACUCGUUGAAAAGAUGAUUGCGUCCACUAAAACAAAGCUAAUGGAUCUCAGUCGCGCAAGAGAUACGUCAAGAAUUAUUGAAUCAAUGGUUCAAUUAGGCACGGAGGCUCAACGUUGGGCCAUUUUCGCAGAACUCAAGAAUUUUCUUCGCUACUUGGCCAUGUCUCAAUAUGGAAAGCAUGUGGUCAUCAAACUUAUUAAUUACGGGGCAAAGGAACAUAGACUUGAACUUUUCAAGGUAUUUAGGGGUUAUGUUGCCAAGUUACUCCGUCACAAACAUGCCGCUGAGGUCGUGGAGCUGCUCUACAAUGACUACGCUACCGCCUCCCAAAGAACCCUUAUUUUACAGGAGACAUAUGGACAUCACUUUGCCCUCCAGCUAACGGCAAACAAUGUCACUUCUCUCCAGCAAGCACUUGAUCUUAAUCCGGACAAGAGAGCUACCAUUUUGGCCAAUUUAAACGAUCUUCUAGUCACUAUGGUCUCAAAGGGUCUAUUGCGAUUGAGCAUAGUUCAACAUCUCCUCUUGGAAUACUUGAUGGUCAUGCUCCAGUCAUCAGAUAUCCUUAAACUCCAAACCGAAAUUUCCUCCAAGUCUUCAACAGAACAUAAACUCGUUCAAAAUGAAUUUGAUGACGAAGAUAAAGACAUCGAUGCUGAUGCUGAAAUGGAAGACAAUGCGGAAGCAAGCCAAGGGGGAGAUGAAGUUCACAAACGCGAGGAACGCUUAUCUGUUCUUGUUGAGACAAUUCUUGAAGUUGGAAUUGUUCCCACGUUACACACCCGAGAAGGUGUUAAAGCUUCUCUGGCCUUACUUUGGAUUUGUCCUCCCAAAGAACGUAAAACGCUCCUGAAAUCCCUCAAAACUUGUGUCGCAUCAAUCGCUGAGAAUGAGCACGGACAUAUCUUCUUGAUGGGCUUGCUAGACGCAAUGGAUGACACCAAACUACUCGCCAAGUCUGUCAUAAAGGAAAUCAUCGAAGAUCUGGAGGAUUUUGUCAAUCAUCCACAUGCUAGAAAGGUUCUCAUCUAUGCUCUCUCACCUCGUGAUCCCAGACAUUUUGCUCCAGCACUCAUCAACUCAUUUAUUGUUGGAGGAGAUAAUUCUCCCUUCACUAAGAAGCCUCUUGCUGUUCGUGCCCUUGAGCUGCGUUCACUUCUAGUUGGCUUACUGCCCGCUUUGCUGCAAUUAGUCAUUGGACAAAAUCAUGAAGAUGCUCUUCUGAAAUUCUUUGUUGGAUCUCCUGAUUACCCCGCUCCCUUUUUGGAUAGGUCAAGGAUUGUUCUGUUGACGGAAAUUCUCCUCAAGUCCUCACCCCAUGAACUGCAGUUUUCCUCAGCUUGUGAGCAGUUCAAACGAAGUGGAAGUAGAGAGAUUGAAAGGUUAAAAAUAGCUGAGGAGAAAUGCAACUCAAUUCUCACGGCAGAAGAAUUAAAACUCAUUGAGAAUUAUAGAACUCGAGCUAUUAAGCAUUUUGUGGAGGUGGUUUUGGCUUUGCCCGACUUCCAACCGAUUGGUAUUCCAACGAAAAAGACGUUUCAAUCGGCUGAGGGCAAAAGGAUUUUACAAGCACAACGAAGAAAACGAGCUCUGGCAGCCGCCUUGAGUGAGGGUGUCAAGAAACGGAAGAUUGACGUACAAGCCUUCACUAAUACAGAAGACGGAGAAGAACCGAUGGAUACUUCAGCAGUGGAUGAAGACGCUUUUCCCACAAACGCGCCGUUCUUGGAACGCCCAGAGGGUCAGAUUCUUAUGAGUCGCCUAAUUCAGAAUGAUAAGAAAGGAUCAUGUGAAUUCUCUCGUUUGGUGUGCGAAAUGGUUCCAGAAAAAACUCUUCAGGCCUGGUUGACCUGUAACCGUUCCUGCUUUACUCUUGUUCAUUUGUAUGAGUUGAAUGAUGAGGUUAUUUGCAAAAAACUGAAGGAAGUACUGGGAGCUCGGAAGGAGUUGAUUGUGGAGUCUCCGUUGGCUGGAGCGAAAAUUUUAGCCAAACACUUGUUCGCUAGCUGA